CAGUGACCGGUGUUUGUCGCCUAUGAGGGAAAAGAACGUAGUAGAAACAGAAAGCAGAGGCAACCUCAAAACGUUCUGGAAUCUGUUAAUCCAAACUGAUUCAAUGUGUUUGAGAACCGUCGCUUUAAUGAAGUUAUGAUUUUCUUUUCGGCAAAGAUGGAGGAUGAAGAAGAAGAAGGCCUAAGAGUUUAUGGAUUUUAAACACAAGUAGCGGCUUUUUGAAUUACGAUGGUGAGAGAGAAGAGGGAUAUAAAGCCUCUUUUAUUUCAAUUUGGCGUGGCUUUAGCUCUCUCUUUUGCUGGAUUUCUCUACUCUCGCCUCAGAAACAAAAGGAUCAAACCCUCCCCUCCCCCCGCGCCACGUUCUUCGGAUCAUGGCAGUGAAUUUAAUUUCCAAGGUGAAAGAGCUGGGCAUAAAGAUGAACUUGAUGCCGUUAAGACAUCAUCCAGUCCCAGUAAUAUUGUUUUUGUUGCAGCUGAAAGAUAUGAAGAGACAUACAUGCCGAAGGUCAGUCUUGAUUCCAUGGUUGGCGUCUCUCCCAGCAGUAAAGGUAGUGUAGAUAAAGAUGGGUUCCUCUUGCCAGAGUUUAAUGAUGUUGUGAAGGAAUUUGACUUCACUGUCGCAAAUGAUGGUUUCUCUUCAAACAAAGGUGAUGAAACAUCCAGGUCAAACAUGGAAACUCCAAAAGCCUUUAGAAGUGCUGAUAAGGAUGAAUAUGAGCAGGAGAUCAGGUACCUGAGAAACAUGGUCAGAAUACUUAGGGAGAGGGAGAGGAAUCUUGAGAUCCAAUUGCUCGAGUAUUAUGGUCUAAAAGAGCAAGAAACUGCCGUCAUGGAGCUCCAAAAUCGAUUGAAGAUAAACAAUAUGGAGGCUAAGCUUUUCACUCUUAAGAUUGAGUCCUUACAGGCAGAUAACCGGAGACUAGAGGCACAAGUGGGUGAUCGUGCUAAAGUGGUGGCUGAGCUUGAGGCUGGCCGAGCAAAAAUUAAACUGCUCAAGAAGAAGCUUAGGUCUGAAGCUGAACAGAACAAACAACAAAUCUUAGCUCUUCAGCAGAGAGUUGCGAAGUUGCAAGACCAGGAAUACAAGGUUGCUCCAGGUGAUCCAAAUAUUCAAUUAAACCUGCAAAGGCUGAGAGAUCUAGAGGUUGAGGCUGAAGAGUUGAGAAAGUCUAAUACGAGGUUGCAGAUAGAAAAUACUGAAUUGAGUCGGAGGUUGGAAUCUACACAAAUCCUUGCAAAUUCUGUUUUGGAAGAUCCGGAGGCAGAAGCAUUGAGGCUGGAGAGGGAGCAUCUAAGACAUAAAAAUGAAGAUCUGGAAAAGGACAUUGAGAGACUCCAAGCUGAUCGAUAUUCUGAUGCUGAAGAAUUGGUCUACUUGAAGUGGAUAAAUGCUUGCUUACGAUAUGAGCUGCGAAAUUAUCAGCCUCCUGAUGGUAAAGCAGUGGCAAGGGACCUGAGCAAAACAUUAAGCCCCAAAUCUGAGGAGAGAGCAAAGCAGUUGAUACUUGAGUAUGCACAUACUGAAGGGAUGGGAGAAAAAGGGAUCAACAUAAUGGAAGUUUAUUACGAGCAAUGGUCAUCAUCCCAAGCUUCAGUUCUUACAGACUCUGGAGAGCUUGAUGAUUCUUCUAUAGAUAAUUCAUCUGCAACCAGAGCCAACAGCUCCAACAAGACCAAAUUGUUUAGCAAUAUCAUGAAGAUUUUUCGUGGGAAAGACGGUGAUGACAAUCGGGUUUUAUCAGCAGAGAAGGCUGGAUCUUUAGAAGAAGGUGAUUCUCCAAGGUGCAGUUCAGGCAUUUCAACAGCAAUGCAUGGUGGAAACGAUGGACACAGCAAUAGAUUUUCUACCCCACAGGGUUCAUCUAGAACUUCUCUGGAUCUCUCCAGAUUCAGAAGUCCAAAGGAAGAACAUAUCAAGGAGACAGAUGGCGUCCAAACACAUAGUGAUUAUGGGUCCAAGAGAUCUGUUUUAGGUAGCGAUGGUGCUGAUUUAGCAAUUAGAAAACUUGUUGGAGACUAUGAUACCCCUGAGAAAUCUGAGUUGGUAAAAUAUGCGGAAGUUCUAAAGGACUCUUAUGGGGAAAAACCUAGGAUUCGUCGUAGAUCAGCAUCUGCUUGCUCCUUCUGACAUAUGCUCAGUAGCUGCCAGCAUUUUCAAUGUACAAAUCAAAGCAAUAGUGAAAUAACACCACCGAUGCCAUGCAAAGUGUAUCAAUAUCUUUCAGUUGAAAACCACUCAGAAUCUUGUUUUGUUGUGUAACAUCACUAAAAAAGUGGUUGAGUUACAUGUACACGUUUAGUUUGGUGUAUCAAACAUGAAGUUUUCCAAGUAUUUUGUAUAUUGCAUUCGUAAAUGAAUAAUCAAUCUAAGUGCUCUUUGACGCAA